AUGGAAACGAAAUUUCCGAACGUCGAGCGCUCGGCUCCCGGCGAUAUUAUCCUAGAAGAGGUGAUCAUCAGCGGAAGCGGGAACAAUACGCGAAUAAUCGCGAACGCAGUGGCGCAGAAGCCUUCGCAGCUCAGUCACGAAAUCCUUUCGCUUUUGUCGAAGCGCGAGACACAGGAACAACGUUUGACUUCGGAUCAGCAUGCGGGCGAGUCGCGGGACGCGACGAUCGACGUCCACGCCGAAGACGACGAGCACAAUUUGGAGAAACUGAAGCACGUCGUGGCGAAGUACGAGCCGCAGAAGAUCACCUCCGGGAUAGCCAAGAGAAAAGUCGUGGUUGCGCCCAUCGAUAUUUACGAUACACGAGUGAUAAACGACGGUAAGGCCGCGGAAUCAACAACAACGGAGUCGACAACGGAUCUCGAUAAUACUUACCACGAAGUACUGCGGAAUGUAUCUCACGAAAUACCCCAAUUGACGAUGAACAACGCCGGCAUAACAUUAAGCCCGUACCCGUCCCAAGAGAUGAAAAAUUUGAAGCAAAUUCCCACACUGGAAGCGACGAUUCGCACGCUAACUGACGAUGGAACGGAACAACCGUCGCACUCCAAUAUCGAUCCUUCAUACGCCCUGUCUGCUUUAAAAAAAAAGAAGCUGUUGCUUAAGAAGUACACACAACCGAGCUACACGAUCACGGCGUCUCCCCGAGCCUCAUCAGACGAAGAAUCGAGACUCGACGAAUCUACUGCUGAUAUCAACGAAUCGACAAUAUCCAAGGAACAUUCCCACGUGGUGAACGGAAAUCCGAAGCUGAGGAACGAACCAUCGACCCUAUCAUCGUUGAAUGUUUCUCUCGAUCCAACGGGUGAGUCGGGAAACCAUCGCGAAUGGAAUGUUGAAGAUCCUUCUUCGCAAAUCCCCCUGUCUCCAAAAUCUCCAACUGUUCUACAAUCGAGCAAUCAUGUCCUCAACGCGGACAACUUGAAUAAGAAGCAGCCGAGCCUCCAAACCGUUUUCAACAGUCUUCACUUACCGUUGAAAUACAACAAAGUGCCCAGACCGUUCUCCAUAUCUGUGAUAGAUCCUCCGCAAUUGCCCAACGCGGCUACUAACAUCAAAAAUGUAGCGACAGCAUACAAAAAGCCGAGCUCUUCACUGACAGACGUCACGCACCAGAUCGUCCACCCCGCCAGUACCGUUCUGCCGUUUGUCCUUCCGACUGAGCAGUUCAGCACGCCUCUUGCGCGUCACUACGUCCCGAUAAAACGCGGGAACCACGACUUCAAGUCGAAUGGGAUUUACACGACAGCGACGACCUUCAAUGCGAAAUCCCCAGGUGAGGGGAUCGCUGUCUCGCAGAAGCCAGCACCUUAUGCAAACGCAAUCGACACCACAAAGAUCCCCGUGGUAGCCGUUAAUGGCCAUCAGAGUCCGAAUUAUUAUUUCGUCACGGAGAACCCUAUGGAGCAGAAGACUGUAGCGACCAGCUUCGCGACGACUUAUAUUCCCAGUCAACCACCUGUCACGCGUAUUCUGCAGCGACGGAAGGAACCACAGGACGUCGCCCACAAUACGGAAUUCGUGUCCAGAGUCGCUUCUAGCGACGACAAGACUAACCUGAACGCGAAUCCCGCCAUCGCGUUGUACAACAAAUUCGCAGGUUUGUACUCGAUACCCACAACCGACGUACCCAAUGUACUGCACGCGUCACAGGCGAUCGCUCAAGACUACGAGAACUUUAAGCAGCCUUCGUUGCUUGCGCAACAGGCUUCCGCUCUUCCUUACAAGACUCGGGGAGCCAUCUCCUUGAAACCUAUUCCGCCUGCAUUGCUAAAACCCCGGCCGAUCGCUUCGGCCAAACCACUCGCACCAUAUUUUGACUACAGCUUGUUGCUCCCGCAACAACCAGGCGCAGGAAAGCUCAUUGGCGAGGGUGGCGAAAAAAUCGUCGGAAAGAGCGAGCCGUCUCGCGUUGGAGACAAGAUCGAGGGCGACACUGCCAACGAUAAGAGCACUCUCGGGAAUUAUCAGACUCAGAUUAAUCACGGCGCUUACAAGAUUCACGAAGAUGUGAGGGCAACGCCGAAUGCCCAUGAGAUUCACGAGACGCCGAGCAAGCGGAAGCAGAGUCAUAACGAAGAUCCUUAUUAUCAGCGAAGUCGUGAUGAUGAGCGCGAGGACGAAUAUCGGCGACGUCAAGAUAAAAACGACGGUGAGGACGGCGGAUCUAAGAACGUCCGCAACGAGAACGACGAGGAAGACGCUGGUGAGACGCGAGACGACGAACACAAGACCCGCGAGAACAAGGACAAAAAUGACGAUAAUUAUCAUAGAUAUGACAAGUUCAAAUACGAUCGAGAUAAUUCUGAAGGAGAGCAACGUAAGCAGCAACAUAACGGUGCUGAAAGAUACGACGGCGAGGAACGUCCUCGUGACAAAUACGACCGCGAUAUUGGUGUCAACCAUGAACUUACCGAUGGUUUACGAUAUGACGAGAAUGAUGAGGAGUAUCGCAGCGAUCGUUACGAACAGCAGAAAUCAGCGCGAGAUGGCCGUUACGGGGAAAAAAGCCGGCGAGAUCGCGAAAAAGAAGAACAUGAGGACGACAGUGCUACUGAAUUGGUUGCUGGACGCGCUGAAGACCAGCGUGCUCGUGAACAGCAUGGAAAGUACCAAAAGAUACGAAAUAACAACGGCGACAAGCGUAUAUAUUACAGUCACCUAACUAGCCCAACAGAUUCUCUUCGUCAAGCUCAGCAGAAGGACGAGGAAUACGGCGAGAUUAAACCCAAGCACGUCCACGAAGAGUAUCAGCAGCAGAAGCGUGUCAAGGAUGAUUACCGUGAUCUUAAACAGGAGGAUAACGGAAGCAAGGGUCACGGUAACGAGCAAGAGCAUGGUGAGACUCAGGAUCACGCACAUAAGGAGCAUCACGAUGAGAAGAAACACGGGGAAGAUCACAAGUUCGAGGCGGGCGAUGGCGGAGAGCACGAGGAAGAACACCAUAAGCACGAAGGGGAGAAAGGUGACAAGGGCUACAAAGUCUGGCAUGAGGAUGAGAAAGCUGCAAAAGGACACCAUGACAAGGAACAUUCCAAUAAGGAAUAUGACGAAAAAGUUGGUGAAGAAAAGAAACACAAUGAAGAGAGUGGAUACCAUGAGGAUCAUAAUCACGAUGAGAAAGGAGAGAAGACGGCCGAGUUUGGUGAAAAGGGCGAACAUAAGAAAGGACACAGCACAAAGGGAGAGCACUCGGUGCACAAGAAGGACGAGUACGAGAAGAAGACGGUGUUCUUCGAUGAGUUCCACGACGACGGCGAAAUGGAGAAGCACGGCGAGCACCAUCUCGAGCACAAGUUGGAAAAGGGCGGCCACGAGAAGAAGGCGCACCACGACAUCGUGGAUCACGAGGAGAAGCACGGCAAGCAGCAGAAAUACGAGAAGGGCAGCCAUCAUCACGAGGACGAUGGUCAUAAAGUCCACGAAGGCCACGACCAUCAUUACGAUCACGAUCACAAGUAUGGAGAAAAGGGGGGCCACGAACACGGGAAGAAAUGGAGCUUCAAGAAAGGCGACGAUGGCGGUCACAAACACAAUCGCUGACCCUGGGCGGACCUGCCACGAAGGAGACAGUAGUUUCGCGAUGCUCGCGAUUUCGGACAUUGACCGGUGCUCAGGACAGAUCGAUGCCGCGUGUCGAAAUUAUCGUCGGUG